AAAUUGAUCACUUAUAUGUAGUCUGCAACAAUGGCAAAAGAUGCGAUCAGAGUGCUGGUCACUGGAGCUGCUGGGCAAAUAGGGUAUGCAAUUGUUCCAACGAUAGCAAAAGGGCUGAUGUUAGGCGAAGAUCAGCCUAUAAUUCUGCAUAUGCUUGACAUUGAACCAGCUUCUCAAUCCUUACAAGGAGUAAAAAUGGAACUGAUUGAUUCUGCAUUUCCUCUUCUUCAAGGUGUUGUUGCAACUACAAAUGUUGUUGAAGCUUGUAAAGGCGUCAACAUUGCUAUUAUGGUGGGUGGUUUUCCCUGUAAAGAGGGCAUGGAGAGAAGAGAUUUAUUGCCGAUAAAUAUCCCUAUUUUUAGAGCUCAAGCCUCGGCUUUGGAGCAUCAUGCUGCUACUAAUUGCAAGGUCCUAGUGGUUGCUAAUCCUGCAAACACCAAUGCACUUAUCCUAAAGCAAUUCGCCCCUUCAAUUCCAUCAAAAAACAUUACAUGCCUUACAAGACUUGAUCAUAAUAGAGCCCUUAGUCUGAUUGCAGACAGGCUUAAGGUUCAUGUCAGCAGUGUGAAGAAUGUAAUCAUAUGGGGAAAUCACUCUUCAACACAAUAUCCUGAUGCUAAUCAUGCCACUGUCACAACCUCAAGUCGCGAAAUUUCGGUCAAACAACUCAUCAGACACAAUCAUUGGUUAGAUACCGAAUAUGUUGCAUUAGUGCGGCAGCGAGGGUCAGCCAUCAUCAAAGCUCGAAAGCUAUCAAGCGCGCUAUCUGCUGCAAGUGCGGCUUGUGAUCAUAUCCGCAAUUGGGUUCUUGGCACUCCCGAGGGAAAAUGGGUUUCAAUGGGAGUGUGCUCUGACGGAUCCUACGGGAUUGAACGUGGCCUUAUUUAUUCCUUUCCUGUGACUUGCCAGAAUACAGAAUGGUCAAUUGUGCAAGGACUUAGCAUUAAUGAGGUAUCCCGAGAGAAGAUGGAUGUUACAGCAAAAGAACUUAUUGAAGAGAAAUUGCAUGCGUUGUCCUAUCUCAGAAAAUAAUAGAAAUACCAGUUUGAUACGAAUUGAAGUUUUAGUACCAAAUUGAAACAAUAGCAAAGAUUUGGUACCACUUAAAUUUGUAUUCCCUUCAAUUUUCUUGUUCGAAGAUAUAUUGGCACCUCACGACUGUUUGAUGUACUUUUGAGGAGAUGACAAACGCAUUUAAUAUCAUUUCUUAUGCCAGUCACGCAACAGUUGUCAUGUUAUUUGUGCCACAAACCAAUAUAGUAUAAUGCACAUCGAUGUAUUGGAUGUUCUGUUGAACAUUCAUGUUGGAAAAUGAAUCUGAUAAGAGAUUAUAGUAUAA